UUGUUUAAUAUAACAGUACAGCGCAUGAUUGGCAGGGAAGUGCCCGUUUUGAGACAGGGUUUCUGCAGGUCCCUGGAGGGGGAUGGCACGCGGGGCCGCCCAUGCUCUUCCGAGAGGGCUCCUCGUAAAAAAAGCUUGGCUCUUCCUCGCCCUCCUCUCCCCCCUUCCCGCUCUGCCGUCCCUGCUCCCCGGCUCUCCUGUCCCCCCUUCUUUUCUCCCUAAUUUUCUUGACAACUAGAGGAGGCAGCAGGAAUAUUGUACCUGAUGGACAGAAUGACGGAAGAUGCUCUGCGCCUGAACCUCUUGAAACGGAGCUUGGACCAAGCAGAUGAUCGGGAUGAUGUCCUGGCAAAGAGAUUGAAAAUGGAAGGACAUGAGGCGAUGGAGCGCCUGAAGAUGCUGGCACUGCUGAAGAGGAAGGACCUCUCAGGCAUUGAGGUGCCCCACGAGCUCCCGGUGAAACAGGAUGGUGUGAAAGUCUAUGAAGAAAAGCUGAAUGGGAGUCUUAGGCCCCAUGGGGAUGGCAGGACUGCAGGGAGGCCAGGGAAGGAAAACAUUAACGAUGAGCCAGUGGAUAUGAGCGCAAGGAGAAGUGACCAGGACAGGGGACGAUUAACCCCUUCGCCAGAUAUAAUUGUCCUCUCCGAUAAUGAGGCAUCCAGUCCCCGUUCCAGCUCUCGUAUGGAGGAAAGACUUAAGGCAGCAAAUCUUGAAAUGUUUAAGGGUAAAAGCAUAGAGGAGCGACAGCAGCUGAUCAAACAGCUUCGGGAUGAGCUACGGCUGGAGGAGGCUAGGCUUGUGUUGCUGAAGAAACUGAGGCAAAGUCAGCUGCAAAAGGAGAAUGUGGUACAGAAGACUCCAGUUGUCCAGAAUGCGGCAUCUAUUGUCCAGCCAUCUCCUGCUCACGUGGGACAGCAGGGACUGUCCAAGCUUCCCUCCAGGCCUGGAGCUCAGGGGGUUGAGCCUCAAAACUUAAGGACAUUACAGGGUCACAGUGUCAUUAGGUCUGCCACAAAUACGACUCUGCCCCAUAUGCUUAUGUCACAGCGCGUGAUUGCUCCGAACCCUGCCCAGUUACAAGGGCAGCGGGUUCCUCCUAAACCUGGCCUCAUCCGCACUACAACUCCAAGCAUGAAUCCAGCCAUCAACUACCAACCGCAAUCAAGUUCUUCUGUUCCUUGCCAGCGUACGUCGUCUUCAGCCAUCUAUAUGAACCUUGCCUCUCACAUCCAGCCUGGCACUGUGAACAGGGUGUCGUCUCCACUCCCCAGCCCUAGUGCUCUGAACGAUGCCGCCAACUCCCAGGCAGCUGCCAAGCUUGCCCUCCGCAAGCAGCUUGAAAAGACACUGCUGGAGAUCCCACCCCCGAAGCCGCCCGCUCCCCUGCUGCAUUUCUUGCCCAGCGCAGCCAACAGCGAGUUCAUCUACAUGGUGGGGCUGGAGGAAGUGGUGCAGAGUGUUAUCGACAGUCAAGGGAAAAGCUGCGCGUCCCUCCUGCGUGUGGAGCCCUUUGUCUGUGCCCAGUGCCGCACCGACUUCACCCCUCACUGGAAGCAGGAGAAAAACGGGAAGAUCCUGUGCGAGCAGUGCAUGACUUCCAAUCAGAAGAAGGCGCUGAAGGCAGAGCACACCAACCGACUGAAGAACGCCUUCGUGAAAGCUUUGCAGCAGGAGCAGGAGAUCGAGCAGAGGCUACAGCAGCAGGCAGCUUUGUCCCCCACUGCAGCUCCUUCUGUCUCCAGUGUCAGCAAACAGGAGAACAUCAUGCGGCACCACACGCUCCGGCAGGCUCCGCAGCCCCAGAGCACUUUGCAGCGUGGCAUCCCCACCUCUGCCCGCUCCAUGCUUUCCAACUUUGCGCAGGCACCCCAGCUGUCCGUGGCAGGCGGUCUCCUCGGCAUGCCAGGAGUUAACAUCGCUUACCUGAAUGCUGGGAUUGGAGGCCACAAAGCGUCGAGUUUGGCGGACCGGCAGCGGGAAUACCUUUUGGAUAUGAUCCCACCCCGCUCUAUAUCGCAGUCCAUCAGCGGACAGAAAUAACGCCUAUUGACCGUCCCCCCCUUCCUCCCCACUUCCGUCGCAUGCAGUGCCUGUACUGGUGCCUACCGUACACGGGGAAAAAAGACAAAAAAAAGAAACAAAAAACAAACAAAUGAAAAAACAAAACAAAAAAAAAAACAAACAAAAAAACCCCAUUUCAAACCUUCAGCGACCUGUCCUUUUUCCAAACCUUAACUACUUUGGUUUUCUAUAGCAGUGAGAGGUCACUUCCUUUGCCCGAGGUCAGAACAAUGUCUGCUUGAAAUCAGCACUCUCCAUGUGUUAAAGCUUGUUUUAUGCUAUUUUUUGUAAUGACAAAGCAUAGAAUUUUUAAUUGUGUUGUGGGUUUUUUUUUUCUUUUUUUUCUUUUUUUUUUCCUCCUUUGCUAAAUGGAUGGUUAAAACUUUUUUUCCUUUCCAGAGACUUUGUAAGGGCAUCCACUCGACAUUAAGUGACCAUUAUUUUUUUUAAAGGGCAGCCUGUGCUGACUCACGGGGAAACGGGGGCAAAGAGAUGUGAUGGGCUGGAGCCCGGACUGCCGUCCACAGUAGGGUGCUACAAUUCCCUUGGCUCGGCAGAAGAAGUCAGGAGAUGCCGAUCCCAACACCUUAGCUCCCGUCUCUCUCUCUUCCCGGAGGAAGGGAGCCUGGUUUGGUGAGGAGAGCUGUUGCCCAUUGGCACUGGUGUGCGGGCAUUGGCGCUGACGGGGUCGAUGGAUGGUGCUGGCAACCCCCUUGACCGACCCGAGGAGCCUGGCGGGGUGCAGAGGGGUGUCGAUGCCACCCAGUGAGCCCCUGGUAUGGCAGGCAGGCGGCCACCAUGGUGCACACCGGCAGUGGUGGUGGUGCUUCUCGGCAGGCUCUAGAGCAGACUGCGAACGACUGGUGGCCUCGGGCGCGGUGAGUCCCCCUUUCUCUCCCCUCUGUGCUCUUGCAUGCUCCGGAGCUGCUCUUGGUCGUCGUCACUCACCGCCAGCCCUCGCAGAUGAUGGGGACGGCACUGUGGUCUCUGCACGGCACCCGGGCUCCAGCUGGCGGUUAAACCCAAAGCAAGAAAUAAGCUGCGAAAAGUCGUCUGAGAAACGCUCUAUUUGCACUUAACCUUCACACUAAUGGGCCCUCCCCUCCUCUUCCUCCUCCACAGACAACAACCCUAGCCAGGGGAAAUUGCGCCCCGGCUGCCGGAGAGACCCUGGCAGAGCCGUCCCCGCAUCCUCGCCUCCACGUCUCCUCGCCUCCGCCGGGACCUCUUGGUGCCCAAACUUGCCCAAACCCGAGCGUCUGCGCAGGGGUUUGCUGCUCCUGGGGUUUCCUGAGAGUUUUCUGGUUGUUUUUAAUUUUUUUUUUUAAUUAAUUUCCUUUUUUUGUUUGUUUGUUUUUUAAUUUUUCCCUGACGUUAAAAUUUUCUUGUGCAAUUUUGAAGCGCCAGCUCACCCAUGGGGAGCUGCUUGACGGGUGGGGGGCCUGGGAACACCUCCCCCCUCACCUCUGCCGCUGGGGACGAGGCGCCUUCUCUCCCAAAAUGCCACCCCUCGACUGGUGGGGGGGACCCCCACCCUGUCAGCAUCCCCCUUCAAUUCAAUGAGCACUUAACCCCCGAGGGGUCUGGAUGCCCCGACCCUCCACCCCCCUGGGGCCCUCCAGAGGCGAAAGGAUUUUAUUUGUUUUUUAAUUUUUUUUUUUUUGGAAGCUAGUGAAGCGUAGUGGCGUAUAUAUAUAUAUACAUAUAUAUAUAUAUAUAUUUUUGUGGGUUUUUUUGUUUUGUUUUUAAUCUUGUUUAGCUGGCUCCUCUGUUCCACACUCCCCCCCUCGCCCCCCCCCCCCCCCCCCCCCCCCCCGGACACUGAGAUCCUUUUCAAAUCUCCUUUUAUUGCCCUGCUUCCAUGGGAGCACUUUGACAAAUCGUUUCUUCUUGAAUAAACCUGAGGUUUUGGUUAUUCAGGGCGGGGGGGGGUAUUUUUUUUAUCAGCUUAUCCUUCACCACCCCCUCUUCCCAGGGCCCUUCGACGUGGUCGAGCCCCCCCCACCCCUCCCCGUCCCUCGCUCAAGUGCCAUUCUCCCCCGUCAGGUGUUACCGAGAGGUACGAGGUGACCUGGGCGCAUGGGUUGAGAUUAAAUUAUAAAACUUUAAAAAAAA